AGGAUCGAGACGAAUGAUUUUAUGGUCACUUCGACUUCAUCUUUCAAGGACAACAUCCGGAUUAAUUUUAACAAGAAGAUGUCUUAAACAUAAACCGAGUGGUCUUCACGACCUAUGCGUAAGAUGGAGGUAUUACAGUGAAAAGUGCCCCCCACCCCUGAAAUUGCAAAUAUUUGUGAUGCGCAGUUUCCAAAUGAAAUGCAUGAAAGGAGUAUGAAUCUUUCUGAUGCAGAGUCUAGGCAAGGAUCGCAUCGCUUGCAUGACAGGCGCCGCUCUGGCUGGGGUCUUUUGCAAUACAAACUUUUGCCAUUCACGAUUGGAAACCUGUGAUGCUGGUAGAUGCAAGAGGGCGAAUGUUUCAUUUGGAAAGGUUUGCAAUACAAAUUCUCCCAAGUUCGGGGGUGGGGGCAUUUUUCACUUUGAUAGGAGGAGCUUCUUCUUAAACACGAUGGCGACCCGCCUGAUCAUGUUCAUCAUGACCAGGCACGGCCCUGUCGCUAUCAAAUGCAAAAGUGUCUGGGUCUGGAAGGUUGGAGCUUGUGAUGCUAACUCUGGACUCCAAAAAAAAACUGCAUUGCGUGAUCAGCAAGAGGAGUCUGGUUUGUGCUACGCGGGGAGGGCAUUUGUCAUGCGGAUUAGGCAUCCGGAAGCCCUCUAAAAGUCUGUGAUGCUAGGUCAUGCAUUACAGACAUGCUGGGUCAUGCAAAAUCUGCAUGCCAAACCCGGCAACAUUCCAGACCCAGACAUUUUUGCAUUUUACAGUCGCAGGAGUACGACAGCUGCGACAUCACCCAAUAAAUUACCCUGCGCUACUUCAAGUCCUCGUACUAGCGGUUCAUCUUGCACAGUUACGGGGGCUCUUCUCGUGCUGCUUGUCCUCUCCAACACCUUUUUGUCCAAACUCUGCUUCGCGGUAGUGGUCGGGAACGAUGAGAAAGAGGAUUUUCUUGACACGGAUGAUUUUCGCCACAUCGACGUGGGAGGUGAACGAGGGAGUCGUGAUAGUAAAAAUGCGAGAAAUGAAAAAAUACGGUAUGCCAGUAUCCACGGCGCUCGGCCUGUACAACAACCAGAUGUAGUCAGCACAUCAACACAUCGAGCGCAGCAGCUGCUUCCUCCAAGCUCGGGUGAUAGAAGUAGAAGCGGGUCGUCUUUGGUGCAGAAGACGAGCGUAGAGACGAGGGGUAAAAAACGUUGGAUUCCAAAUCCGUUUGAACACAUUCAUGUACCCGAUCUGCUGUCGCAUUUGGACCCGUUCCAGCCGGACGACCAGACCGAAGAGGGGAAGAAGAUGGCCGCGGAAGCUUUUUCCGGAAUUGCUAUGAAGGAGAAGCUUUCCGAAGAUCCGCUGGACCCCGAUGGGCUGCACUCAGCCUGGGACACCUUUUACGAUUCUUUUCUUUCUGCACUAUCAAAUGCAAAAAUGUCUGGGUCAGGAAGAAUGCAGACUUGUCAUGCAUAUUUUGUAUGAUGAUUGAUGCCUCUAAUGCAUGAUCUAGCAACACAGAUUUUUAGAGGGCUUCCUAUUGCCACCUAUUCCGCAUGAGAAAUGCCCUCUCCGCGUAACACAAACUGGAGUCCUGUUGGUGUUGCUGGUCAACAUGCAAUACAGAUUUUUUUGGAAUCCAAAGAUAGCAUUACAAGUUGCAAUCUUCCAGACCCAGACAUAUUUGCAAUCCAUAUGCGCAGCACGAAAACAACGAAGGAGUAGAGGGAGUCGAGUGGGUAUCAAAGAAAAAAAGUUCGUCACGAUCACUCAUGCGCAUUUUUGCAAUACAAAAUUGUUUGUCAUGCGUAAAAAUGCAUCACAGCCAAACUUCAUUAGGUAUUUCCCUAGUGUUUCUGCAAUACAAGGAAAGUUUGUGAUGCUGAGAAAAUUUGUAAUGCAAAGCCUGCAAGUUAGUGACUGUGACAAACUUUUUUCUCUCCAUAGUGGGAUGCCGAUGGCGACUACCCCGUUGCGAUCUUUGAUACGAUAUCAACUGCAAGAAAUAUGUCUGGGUCUGGAAGAUUGCAAGAUUUGUCAUUCUAGUCUGGCAUGACUCUGCACAACUCUGUAUUGCGUUGCCACCAAGAUGAGGUCCUCUUGCCUGUCAUGCAAAAGCGCAGUUUCUUCUGCGAAACACGCAUCACAGAAGCAUGAGAAAACUUGUCAUGCUUGUCGGCACUCAUUACAGAGCACUUAUUGUUCACGGAGGGACUUGCAUCACGAGUUUGCAGACCCAGAAAGAUUUGCAGUUGAUAUCCGAACGGCGACGGUGCGGUGAGCAAAGCUGACUUUGACGCGGUGGACACAAACCACGACGGUCGGGUCGACGAUACGGAAGCGUCAGGAUCGAAAUCGUCAGAGUUGAAAUAGUUUGUGAUGCAUAAAAUGCAACACAAAAGUUGCCUCUAUCGCAGAGGACGCAAGGGAUGCAGAUUGUAAGCCUGUUCAGGGGUAGAAAUUGAGCUGCCAAAGUAGCAUGACAAAAGCCGUCUUCCUUACCCAAACAGCAUUACAAGCUGGAUUUCAGUUCCACCCAAAUUUGUCAUGCGCCGCUUGAAAACUAGGCGCCAACUGGUAUCCGUUUCAUGCAUCACAAAUUAUUUCAACUUUGUCAAUUUCGAUUCUGACACUUCCAUAGACGAAGGCGAGUUCCUACAACAGCAGAAGAUCAUGGAGAACCGGUUUGAAGCGGUAUCAAGUCGUGCAUUAUGUCUGGGUCUGGAAGAAUGUACGUUUGUCAUGCCUGUCCGGCAUGACUCUUAAAUCUGUCAUGCAUGUUACCCAAGAGGCCCAUUUUUCUGUCAUGCAGAAACGCAGUCUGUCACGCAGAAUAGGCAACACCUAGAAGCUCAAAAACUUGUCAUGCUGGGCCAGCAUUUGUGGCCUCCUCAUGAUACGCCGCCCAGCAUCACAAAUUUCCAGACCCAGACACAUUUGCAUUUGAUAAGCGGUGGACCGAUUCGAGAAUUUCGACGAAGACAAGCAGGAGAUGAUUUUAAGCAGAGUAUCAAAGUGAAAAAUCCCCCCACCCCAUACUCAAAAUAGAAAUUUGUGAAGCAGAUUUUUUGUGGUCACAAAUCAGCUUUGUCAUGCUAGAAGGGAAAAGAUGCGGACUGUAAUGCUGGUUGGCGUGGGAAAGCCUUGCAUCUUCAGCAUUACAGGGGGCAGCUGGAAGUGGGAAACAGCAUGACAAAUCGCCUGUAAACGAGGCCACAGCUGCGUCUCUUGGCCUUCUAACAUUACAAGUCGAUUUGUGUACUCAAAUUUAGCAUCACAAAUUUCGUUUUCGAUAUGGGGAGGGAGGAUUUUUCCUUUUGAUACAGAGACGCCCAAGACGACCAACCCAUCACGGGAAUCCUGGACACCAAUCACGACGGGAAGUUCGACGCGCGCGAUCAAGUUCCGACGGAUCCGGAAGAGCGGAAAGAGUUUCUGAAGCAGAUCGAAAAGCUAGCGCAGCAUCACCAAAACCGACAAGACGCCAUCGACGCGAUUGAGGCUCUGGACAAGGACCACAAUGACAAAGUCGACAAAGACGAGCUGCGGCAGGCCGAGCUGAUGCCCAGCCAAUUCAACGCACUGGGGCUCAAAGACGCCGACGACAUGAUGGCCAAGCUCGACGACAACAACGACGGGGAGUUUGACAAAACGGACGUGGUGGCCAUGAAGAACGAGAAGAUCCUGGAUGCUCUGAACCACGAACAGUCCAUGGACGACAUCCACAAGGCCCUGGCGCAGCAUAUGGCGUUCUCAAACGUUACAUUCUCCGCUGUUACAUGGCUUUGCGAUGCAAGAACCGCAACAGUGAAAGGGGCAAGCUUGCAACUCUCGCAUCACAAAUUCGGCGCAGAUUUAGGUGCUGACUAGCCCUUCGGGGAUUUGUCAUGCGACGUCGUAGCUUGAUCGUCUGGCGGCUCAUGGUGAUUUUGCAUGGCAAAUCAUGUAACAGUUGAGAGUGUAACGCUUGAGAAUCCCAUACAGCAAGGCCCUGCUGGCAUGACAUCCCCCCUGACGGGUCAGCUGGACAUGGACGGGAAUGGGAUAUCAAAUGCAAAUAUGUCUGGGUCUGGAAAAAUGCAAGUUUGUCAUGCUUGUCUCGUAUGCCUCUUAAAUCUGUAAUGCAUGAGCAGGAAGAGGGCCUCUUGCCUGUCAUUCAAAAACCCAGGAGCCUGUCAUGCGAAAAACAGAACACACAACAGCACAAAAGACUUGUCAUGCGUGGCUGCCUAUCGCAGGAGUGCGCCAACCGGUCACAAACUAGCAUCCCAAGUUUCCAGCAUUCCCAGACAUAUAAUUUGCAAUCCAUAUGGGAAGGUGGAUGACAACGAGCUCGCGCUUGCUGACACAGACCACGACCACAUGCUGGACACGAAAGAACUGGAGAAGGCGAGUCUGUACCGAGAUAAUUUGGAUGUGAACCAGGAUGGGAUCAUCGACGAGAAGGACGGCAUCACUGACCACGUGAAAGAGCAAAAUCUGAGAAACGCGGACGCUCGCACCGUCAGCUAUCACGCGUUUCGUGCGUAUGGCUGGCUUAUCAAAUGCAAAAAUGUCUGGGUCUGGAAGGUUGGUAGGUUUGUCAUGCAGGUUUUCCAUGACCCACGCGGUCUGGCAUGCACGGCCUAGCAUGUUGACGGGUUCUGUGAGAUCUCUAUCAUGCCUUUCCUGCAUCAGAAACUGCCUCUAAACUUGUUCAAAUGUGGACCCCUUUUGGUAAUCAUGCAACACAAAUUUUUCCACGAUCCAGAUGUAGCAUGACAAGUUACACUCUUCCAGGCCCAGACAUAUUUGCAAUGCAUAUGGCUCCGGCCGGAAGUCGGUUCCGACCUGUGGCGGGUGCUCGUACCAAAUGCAAAAAUGUCUGGGUCUGGAAGGAUCCAACUUGUGACGCUGUCUUUGGAUUCUAAGCAAAUCUGUGUUGCAUGACCAGUAAGACGAGGCCAGUUUGUGCCACGUGGAAAGGGUAUCUCUCAUGCGGAAUAGGCAUCGCAAAGCCCUCUAAAAUAAAUCUGUGAUGCAGCUAGGCCAUGCAUUACAGGCUUCGUGGCUGAUGCAGAAUAUGCAACACAAACCUGGCAGUCUUCCAGACCCAGAUCGAUAUCUGCAUUCGAUAGCUCGACGAGGACAACGAUAAUGACAUCCAAGAAGACGAGUUCGAAAAAUUUGCGGGCAAGGAUGGCAUAUCAAGUGUAAAAAUGUCUGGGUCUGGAAAGUAGAAGUUGUAAUGCGUGUCAUGCAUUCACGGAAAACCUGUGUUGCAUGAGCAGCAAAACAUCAGAGGCUUUCUUUGUCAUGCAAAAACGCAAUUUGUAAUGCGUGCUAGGCAUCAGCAGGCGUCUCAAAAAUUUGUCAUGCUUGGCUGCCAUUGCAAGCGCUUCAAUCAUGCGUAAUUCAGCAUCACAAGUUUCCAGACCCAGACACUUUUGCACUUGAUAUGGUAUCAUGGACAUGCAUGACUGGAAAGCGGUGCAAGAGCAGGCGGAGGAACUCCACAAGCACGACGUAUCAAAUGUAAAAAUGUCUGGGUCUGGAAGAAUGCAACUUGUCAUGCUGUCUUUGGAAGGUAAAAAAAAUCUGUAUUGUAUGACCAGCAAGAGGACUUCAGUUUGUGCUACGCGGAGCGCGCGUUUCUCAUGCGGAAUACGCAUCAGAAGGCCCCUUAAAAAUCUGUGAUGGUUGCCCUGGCAUUACAGACAUCAUGGGUUAUGCAAAAUAUGCAUGACAAACCUGGCAAUCUUCCAGACCCAGACAUUUUUACACUUGAUACGACGUGGACCAGUACCACGCGGACAUGCGAAAUCACGCGGUUCAAUAUGGAUUGCAAAAAUGUCUGGGUCUGGAAGAAUGCAGGAGUUUGUGUUUGUCAUGCAGAUUUUGCAUGACCCAUGAGGUCUGUGAUGCAUGCCCUAGCAUCAGAGAUUUUCCGAGGGCUUUCUGAUGCUAAUACCGCAUGAGAAAUGCUCUCUCCGCGUAGCACAAAUUACACCUCUUUUGCUGUUCAUGCAAUACAGAUUUUAUGUAGAUUCCAAAAGUAGCAUCACAAGUUGUAUCCUUUCAGACCCUGACCCAGACAUAUUUGCAUUUGAUAUUCAAACGGGGAUCGCAACCGCGGCGCUUUACGGAGCGAGUAAGUUGCACCAGAAGCGUAUUCUGAGUAAAAACGUUCCCACCCCACUGUCAAGAUGGGAAAUCUGCUAGACAAAUCUACAAGCUUAGGGCGUUUCGCAUGACAAGUUCGGCCUCGUACUGUGAUCCUGUUUACCUCGUUCAGAAGCAUCACAGAUCUAGCCUACUAUGCUGAUUGGAGCAUUACAAAUUCCAAAACACGACUAAAAAACGCCGGUCAUGGAGCCCCGCGCGCAUGAGAAACAUUUUGAGCGUGCGUUUCUGCGUGACAACUCUGGGGUGGGGACAUUUUUACUCAGGAUAUAGCGGAAAGCUGGCCAAACGCAGGAGCGGAUUCGCGCAAAGGAAAAACAGGACGCCCACCAACGAGAGGAAGAAGACAAGGUAUAUAAAUGCAUUACAAAUUUCCUCAGCAUGAGAAAGAAAAUUUGUAAUGCUGAUUGAACUUAACAAAAAGAUUUGUAAUGCAUUAACACGAUACAAGGCGCGGGUGCGCAAUUCCGCCAUGGGCAAGCGGGAGGCGUUGCUGGCCGCGCAGAAGGAGAAGAAGGUAGGGGAGGAGAAUCGACUGGAACAUAUGCAUUGCAAAAAUUGCAUCACAAAUAUCGUACAACUAGUGCAAAUUGCAUCACAAAUUUUUUCAAGUUGAAAAGUGAAAUUUCUAAUCAUUAGAAAUUUCACUUUUCAACUUGAAAAAAUUUGUCAUGCAACUUUUAAAUCAGCAUUAAAUGCUGAUUUACCUUAGGAGAGGGAUUUUGUCAUGCAUAUCUGCAAUCAGUACCUACCACGUGUGCGAUGUAGUUUUUGCAAUCUCGAUAGAGCAAGAAAAGCUGCAAAAAUUGAAGGACGAAGCAGCGCAGCGCGCAAAGGAACAGCAAGAAGCAGAGGCAGAAUGGAAGCGACAGCAGGAGCAGGAAGAGAAAGAACGGGCGGAAGCGGAGAAAGCUGCGCAGCAGGAGGCGGACGCAAUUUUGCAACAGAUUCAAACGUAUCCUGUGCAAAAGUAUCGUACUGGUAGUAAUUGCAGUCAUGCAUUACAAAUUUUUUUCCCAAGGUAAAUCCGCAUUACAAAUUUCAUUUCUCAUGCUGAGAAAAUUAAUGCAUUUGUACGAGUGGUGCGAUACUUUUGCAAUUCAUAAAACGGCAGUGGACGAGAACAACAACGCCGGUGCUGGAGGUGCGCCAUCUUCGGCGCCGGGCGGCGAUCAACUAAAACCCGUGCCUGCAGCGGAACAUCAGCUGCAACUACACAACCAACAAGCUGCCCACGGCCCGCAAAGUAAACCCUUCGGACACCCUGCCGCCGCACAACUGCAGCCCGUGCCUGGCUCCGGCGACCCGCUCAACGAGGCUACGAACGCGAGUCCGAGCCACAACGGUAUCAAAUGCAAAAAUGUCUGGGUCUGGGAGGAUGGAACUUGUCAUGCUAAAUCUGAAUCAUGCAAGAAGUCUGUGUUGUGUGAGUACCAACAGCCGUCGUUUUUUACCAAGUUGAAGGGGAAGUUCUCAUGCAGGAUGGGCCUGCUAGAGAUCUCACAGAGUUUGUCAUGCUAGGUGCUGCAUUCCAGGCCUCAUGAGUCAUAGGAAACCUGCAUGACAAACCUGGCAAUCUUCCAGACCCAGACAUUUUUACAGUUGAUAAACGGCCCUGCGCAGCAACAAGCUGCCAUCUCCAACAAAGUGGCGACUCGUGGUGGACUGGACGACACGAACACGGCUCCAGGGGACGAUGUCUCUUACACUUUGCGGGCAGCCAUCGCGAAAGCUGCACUGGCCGAGCAAAAGCGCGCGAAAGACGCCGCAGCGCAACAAGCCUCGGCGCAACAUGUGACGCCGUUCGAACACGCGCACACAGGAGAGGUGAACGCGGCGCAAACUACACCUGCGCAGCUGGGGCAUCAUGAUGAACACUUUCCACAAACGCCACCGAUGGCCGACACACAGCUUUUGCCCCGACACGCCGUUCCGAAAGAUCAGCGGCUCGGUGGCGGAGAUGAAAAAUUGGUAAGCGGUGGCCAGAAGCAAGAAGCGGCCCAGCAGGCGCAGUCGACGCAGCAACAGCAGCAGCUGCAAGCGCUCCACGAACAGUACCCCGGUUACAGCACGACGUACCUGAAAAAGAUGCUGCGGCAGCAAAAGCUGCAAAACCCGUUGGGGCAAGAGGAAAAGUUACAAGCUGCACAGCAACUCCAGCAGCUACAACAGGCAAAAUCUUUUUCAUCUUCCUCGUCUGUGACGCCUACUGAAGCAAAACGACUCCUCGGACUUUCGGCCACUAACGCGGACGAACAACAGGGCGAAUCGGAACUACAGCAGCAGCCUUCGUCGUCUGUGGAUGAUCCCUUUGUCAUGCAGAUGAACCACGCCGACAAGGAAAAAAUGCAGCAGCGGGAGCUUGAGAGGCAGCAGGUGAUGCAGGAAAAACUGAAGCAGCACAUCUUGCUGCAGCAACAGCAGCGGCAGCAGAGAGAACAACAGGACGCAGCGGAACAGAAUAGCGUCGCGGCUCAGCAAUCGCAACUCCGGGCACUGCAGCUUGCGAAAGAAAAAGCGCAGCAGAAGGCGUUGGAAACAGCGAGACAAGCAUAUGGCGUUCUCAACUGUUACAUUCUCAACUGUUACAUGAUUUGUAAUGCAAAACGAACAUCAAGACUCACAAGCUGAAGCUCCCUCGCAUGACAAAUUUUGGAGAACCUAAACAGCGCCUAAAUAUGUGCGGAAUUUGUAUAUGCUACAGGUGCAACCUCCCUGCUUGGACUUUUGCCGUUCUUGCAUUGCAAAUUCAUGUAACAAUUGAAAAUGUAACAUUUGAUAACUCCAUAAAGCACACUGGGAAAAUUUGCAGGAUGCGGAGGCAGCGAGGGACCACGAGCAGCCACUUCCACCAGCGGAAAAUACUAACCCAGCACUUGAAAUCGGCGUUGGGAAACCGAUCACGAACCCCACGCUCCCGGAAACCGCGAAAGAGAAGUGGUUGUCGGACCUGUUACAACACAAAACAAGCGGGGAUGAGAACCCGACCUUGCACUUGAAUGCCACGGGAAACGGUGCGGUUUUGGCGGGUGUUGGCGGCGGCGGGUUGAAGCAGGCUUCUUCUACUUCCUCGUCGUCGUUUCUGGCGACAUCCUCAUCUACUUCGAGCACCUUUGAAGAUGGUCAACAUGUCACAAACACGGCCGGGACAGGGACUGAUGAAACGAGUCAGGAUGGUGCAGCUCCAGACGAGAACGGAUUUCUCAUUGCGCCGGUGGUUAGUAGAAAGGAGGUAGCCGAUCCGGAAUUGGAAGACAGCGACCUGGACGUGUUGGUCGAAUCUCUGUCGUUUCUACAGGACGGCGUCGCAGAACACGGUAAUUCAGUAGCAGUACCGCAGCAGGAACAGCAACAGAAAAAUGUUGAACAUCACAAUCAGGAACCACAAAUAGAGCCUGCGAAACAAGACACUAGUAGUAGUACGGCGACUCGUGCUUCUUCGGCGGACGACGAAAUAAGCAGGACGACAACUUCUUCCUCUCGUCGCCACUCACAAGGCGCCGGUCGGGGGAAGGGACGGAAGGGCGUCGACUACCAGAAAGGCAAAGACUACAGCAGGAACAGCGGAAAAGAAGAAGGAGAUGAACACCACGCCAACAUCAAGGACCAAGAAAGCAAGCCUUUGGUGGAGUGGUACAAAGACGGAGCGACGAAUCUGAUCUGGUUUACCCAUGAAAAAACAGCCAUCCACAUCCAAUUUGUCAUGCAAAACACGUAUCAAGCCCAUCCUGUGUUUGUCAUGUAAAAAAUGGAUGGGGAUGGUUGUUUUUCUGUGGAUAUGGUUCAAGGACUGGACGAUCGCCCCCUUCCAAAGAAGCCCGUCUGCCGAUAGUACACACUUGAUCGAAACGUGGUGGGCCGGGAGUGCGGAGAGAAGAACGUGGACGAAGUUUGAGUACGACACGGUGACACAGGCGUUGUUCGAAAAGGAGACGGAGCCGGCGGUGUUUGGAGCUGAGGCUGAAGCAACAGGUGCAGCAGUAGAGCAAAACUACCAGCAGGGCACGACAAAGAAGUACAACCUCCGCGGCACGUCGAAGCUGAAAGCAAAAGCCGCUACAGCCAGUGUUGAAACUGUGGUCCCGCUCGAUGUUGACGAUGGUACUUUAAAAUCACCAGCAGAUCACGAAGAUGCUGCGCCAGAAGCAACAACAGCUGCAGCGGUGGUGUUACACUCCUCCACAACUAGUAAACCUCCCAUGGCAAACCACCAGACGACCACGACGCACAUGAACCUCCGGGGCAGCACCAAGAAGAUGCUGGAGGAGCAGACGAAAAAGCAGGAACUGCAAAACAAAAAUCUCAAGAAAUACGGCCAAGCACUAUUACAAUGAAAAAUACCCCCACCCCCAAAGUUGCAAUAACUUGUGAUGCAAAGUUUCCAAAUGAAAACUUUUUGCCAUGCAUGAAAGGACUAUGAAUCUUUCUGAUGCAGCACAGUCUAGGGGUAUAACGCAUCGCUUGCAUGACAAGCGCCGCUCUUGCUUGGAUCUUGCGCAGUACAAAUUUAUUCUAUUCACGAUUGGAAAUCUGUGAUGCUGAUAAAUGCAAGAGGGCGAAUGUUUCAUUUGCAAAGGUUUGCAAUGCAAAUGCCCCCAAGUUCGGGGGUGUGGGCAUUUUUCAUUGUAAUAAGCACAAGAACACGUUUUGACCGACGAAGCGACCAUGACCAUCUCUCCAAAGGAAGAAGACGUUGUUGAAGGAACAGACGGCGCACAGCUCAGGUUGCACGAUGAUCACCAACAUGUUGAAGAUCAUGAUUACCAUUACGAGAAAACAUACAUCCAACCUUUACAACAUGACUCUUCCACCUCCCACAAAGAUGGAGAAGGACACGAUGAGCAUGAGCACAUCUCCCUUUACGAAAAGUACGGCACGGAAGAGCUGCUCACGAUGGUGAUCUACUGCACGAUCUUGUUUCUCCUCGCGUACUUCUGUCUCCAGAAAAGGGAACAGACGAGACUGCAGGAGUUGCUGCAGAUGAAGAACUAUGCAUUGCAAGAAAAGUACUAUCGUGCUCGUACGUCUACGUAGUAAUCGCAUUCGCAAUCAUGCAUGACAGAUAUCAGUCAUUACCUUUUCCAGCAUGACAAACUCCACUUUUUUUGUGAGAAAAUUUGUAAUGCGAUCUGUAGUAGUCUACGAUAGAAUCAAUACUUUUGCAAUGCAUAAGAACCACCCGGGGAGGUACGCGGACGUCGGACUUGGUGGAGGGAGAGCUUCUGAUGAUAAGUUUCUUGCAGACGAGAGCCGCGGGAGGAGCAGAAAUGACUACAAGCUGCAUGACAAAGGAACUACGAGGACGAACAGCACGCGGCUCACCUGCGGGAACAUCAUGGAAACGAGUCUGAAUUUCUAUCAAAUGUAAAAAUGUCUGGGUCUGGAAGAAUCCAACUUGUCAUUCUGAUUUUGCAUUCUGAAAAAAUCUGUAUUGCAUGAGCAGCAAAGAGAGUCCAAGUUUUGCUACACGGAAAGAGCAUUUGUCAUGCGGUAUAGGCAUCAGGAAGCCCUCACAAGAUCUGUGAUGCUAGGGCAUGCAUCACAGGCAUCAGGAGUCAUGCAAAAUGUGCAUGACAAACCUGGCAAUCUUCCAGACCCAGACAUUUUUACACUUGAUAAUUUCCUCUGUGGGAAAACUCGAACUAGAUCUAAAGGAGAAGACGAAGACCCUCGGCAGCUGCGCCGGCAUGAGAGCAGAAGGAGAAAUCAUUCCUCCGUUGUUCGAGACCGCGGCGAUGAAGCAACAUCUCCUGCGCAAAACAAGAACUACAUGCAGUAUGCAAGAUCUAGAUCUUCCGCAUCACGGACGGGGCGGGGACCCGGCGGGCCGGUAUUGAAGAUGACCGGGAAGAGGAGCAAAAUGUGGCUGCAAUUUGAAGAAGACAAGCUUGAAUAUACUGAUCCGAAUCUCAUGAACACCAACCAGCGGGAUAAUCAGUACGGCGUCUGGUGCUACCAAGAAACCGAUUUUGCGCACCAUGCCGAUGCUCAUGCUGCUGGAAUAAACGAGAUCACCACGAUGGCGACCACGGGCAAAACGAAUGAAAGUUACUUACAACACCAGUGAACAAGACGUCGGGGCCGGCGCUGGGUAUGAUAAUUAUUGAGCGGUGGAGUUUCAGUGACUGAGUUUAGGAAGGGAAUUUACUUUUUUUCAAAACGGGGAAUUUACUUUUUUUCAACAAGAUGGCAAAAAGAAGAAGUAUUGCCACAACUUCCACUUUUUCCAAGAAAAAUUUGAACGCUAUGUACGGCUGUUGUAGGCUGUAUCGCCGAUAUUAUGCCAGAAUUAACCAAUCUUUCCAAAAUUACAUCCCUCUUGAAAGCUUCCGUUUGUCAAUAUUACACUUUUCUCUUCGCUCUUGAGAGCUUCCGUUUGUCAAUAUUACACGAAUCUUUCCAGAUAAGAUCACUGUUGAGAGCUUCCGUUUGUCAAUAUUUACACAAUAAAAGCAGGUACCAGCAGUACCAGCACGCACUGUCUUAAUCGUCAUUUCGUGAACUACUAUCGUUUCUCCACUUGAUUAUUUCAAAUAUUGUAUUGUUACCGGUAGUUUAAAAGUAUGAGAGUUUCCAUUUGAAAAUUUUAUGUCAGUCGUAUGUUAUCGCAACAUACCCUCCGAUGAACCAAAUUUUUUUAGACAAUGAGCAACUCUUUACCCUUGUACUACUUCUCAGUCACGACCUAAACGCGCUUGGCAGGCCCAAACCUCGCUGCAGCCGAGCCUUGUAUGAUACGAAAAGAAUACAGAUCUUCUACUUCUGUUAAAUGUUGAAAUUAAUGAACCACUUGCAAUUGCAAAGAACAAAGAUUGAAAAUUUCUGGUGCAGAACUAAUCAACAACUUAAGUACUCAGACCCUUGUCGUUGUUCAGGCAGACGCCACAGUUGGAG